AUGUACAACAACAACAGUGUGGAUUUGGACUCUCUUCAUUGCAGUAAGAAAAUGUUUCAAGAACCUGGUAUGACUAAAAAGCAAUCGGAGCAAACGAAAGGAGGGAAAAUGGCUGGAAGUGAUAAGAAAAUGGAUCAGCCUCCCGACGUGAGUUUCAGUGAUCAAAUGAUGAAGGAAAAGAAUUUGUUUGUCACAGAUCAAGAAGAAUCAAAACCACGUGAGGGAGUUUCAAUCCCACCAUCCACAGUGACUAAUGAGAAAUUCCAAAAGGCAAAAUCUGAAUCCCCAUGGCAGAGAAAAGAAGAAAAUAAUCAAUAA